UCAAACUUGAACACCCAUGCGCCUGAAAGAUAAUCCGUUUAUUACAUGUCACAUUAGUCACAUAUCAACAAUGUUAUAAGAUUGUAUCGCAAGGUUGAGUCGCGCGUAUUGCCAACAUGUUGUGAAAACAUUUUUUUCACGGCUCGAGGCAAAACAAAUAUUUAAUCGUCAAAUAUCAAUUGGAUGGAGGAGAAUGGAGGUAAAAGAAUGAGGGGCAGAGCUCGUGGCCGAGGUCGUGGACGUACCCGAGGGGGUCGGGCUUCCAGAGGAAGAUCCAAGAAGCAAGUUAAGGUUAUAGAAAGCGAUGAAGAAGAGACUUCGCAACAAACGGAGGAUACUUCUGCAGAAACAGCUGGUGGGGAGCAGAACGAACAUGAACCUCCCGUGACUCAGCAACCUUCUCUUGAGCAACAAUUCGACUUGGAGGCUGAUAUAUCACAGCUAGAAGCACCGACUUUCACGACCAUCAAUCGUGGACCACCUGAGCCGAUGCUGCGUUUGAGAUGGGACCAUCGAGUGAAUCUUAUAGGAGAGAAAGUACUGAAUCCUAUGAUACAUUGCUGUGACAAAUGUUUGAAGCCUAUUCUCAUCUAUGGCCGUAUGAUACCUUGCAAACAUGUUUUCUGCCUUUCUUGUGCCAAGAGAGAAGAUAAAGUCUGCCCUCGUUGCAUGGAGAAGGUAUCUAGAGUGGAGCAAACUGGUCUGGGUACUGUAUUCAUGUGUACACAUGGUGGGACAAGAUAUGGAAAUGCUGGUUGCAGAAGAACAUACCUGAGCCAACGAGAUCUGCAGGCUCACAUUAACCAUCGGCAUAUUUCGGCGCCACCUCAACCAGUCCAAGGAAUGCAGGUUGAUCCUCCGCAAUAUGUACACGCUAAACCAGAGAUGGAGUCACAGCUAACGAAGGUAUCUUCCGUACAGAUACAAAACACACGGCUUAAAUCUGUACAGUCUCACAUGGUUCAACCGAUCAUGGGUAACGAUCCUCGUGUGAACUCACUGGUGAAUCAACAACCAACGUUGGAACAACAUCGACAACAUAGGCAGCAACAACAACAGCAGCAGCAGCAGCAGCAAGCAAUGAUGUCGAUGCAGAGUUAUGCGCAAAGCACUGCACCGCCACCACCGCCUCCAAAUAACGCUCCUAUGCGAACCAAUCUCAUCACAGUACCGAUCCAAGAUACAACGUCUCUAGCUACGCACGAUCUUCACGCGCAACAGAGUCAUCAUUAUUAUCCGACGCCACCACCACCGCCUCCGCCGCCACCACCGACAGUCAAUUACGGCGGAUAUAAUGUGCCACCGCCAGUAUCGCAGCCGACACAACAAUAUUAUUCACAGCCGCAACAUCCCACUCAGGUGUCCUAUGUGCCGCCGCCGCCACCACCGCAGCAGCAGCAACAGUACGUAUCGUCGGCACCGACCUCCAUACGGCCAUCCCCUACUGGUUAUAUACAGGAACCUCAAUACGGUCCACCACCGUCUCAGCAACAACCGCCACCACCACCACAGUCACAAUGGUCGCAACAUCAACAGCAGUUUUAUAGAUAAGAAAGACGAAUGUUGUAAUUUGGUGGUAGAGUAGUCGACGUGAAAAAUGUGAGUUUGAGCCUAUCUUUAUAUAUAUUUUUAAGUGGAGAAACAUUUUCUCAAUUUAAAUAAGAAACAAAUUAUAAAAAUAUAUCCAAGAUUACUCGGUCUGAAUCUAAUGUUCUUAUAUUUCUCUGAAGGGAUCUGAUAACCCCAAUAAAAUGAAAAAAGAAAAAUGUUGUACUGAUUGUCAUAAACAGCUUAUUGGGGCUUUAUUUAUUAAAUCCCUUAUGAAGAAAAGUUUGGGGACAUUACAUAAAUGUAUAUGUAUAUAAUUUCCAAUAUAAUAUACAAUGA